AUGGCGGCUCCUGUGGUGCCUCGCGAUCAAGACGUACACUUCUCGUCGCUCCUUUACAACGCUGUCAAUUUUCAACUAGGAAAGUUUGUACUUUUUUCUUUUUAAAAUGUUGCCAGUGCAAGGCUAACUUGACGGAAAAAAACUUUCGCUAGCGUCGUUUUGAAAUUGCCACUUGAAUAAUGCUAUGACAAUUUGCGGCAUGAAAAACCGGAAAAAACGACGACCACAAAGGUAAUUUGAGGGUUGCGUUUUUGGGAAUGAUUGGAAUAUAAAUUGAAAUUUGUAACUAGGAGAAAGUGAAACGUUGUGUUGUAGUCAGGAAGAUAAUUAUUGCCCGGUUAAAAAAACCGUUUAAAAAACAUUCAUCUAUUCGAAAAAAAGAAGGGAAGGAAGUUAGUUAGUUGUACGUAAGCAAGAGGAUUGAAAAACUUUGAGAAUGGUGACAAUAUCAAAGAUCGAAUUUUUCGAAGCCUGGUUAUUCAAAAAUGUUUAGGUUUAUAACAGUUAAUUUUUCCUAAAAUCGUAGAGCACAAGUGAAUUUUUGGCUUUAUUUUUUGAAAAAACUUUUUUCAUUGAAAAUUUUAUAUUAUAUUCCAAGCAGCUUGCUAGAUUUUGUAACGACGCAUGUAGAAGUUUAGCAUUUUUCCGGGGAAUAAUCAUGGAUUUUCUGAGGUUUAAGGUUCACCUGAUAGCCUUUGAAAGGCUAUUCAAAACUUUGUCUUUUCUGAGAUUUCAUGGUUGAAAGUUGACGCUCUUGAGUUCUUUUCAAGUACACGAAAUAGGGUUAAAUGUGCUCUUAUGUUGUUAAUUUUUGAGCAAAAAUUGGAAUUCGAAUGUUUUCUUUCAGCUUUUCAGACCCUAGUUCUUUCAGUCUUCCUCUUCCCUUUCCUGUCCGCACAUGUCUUUAAAGACACCUCCGAUUAUUAUGCAAUGGUCGAAAAAGAAACGAAGUAAGAAUCUUGGCGACGGCAGCGACUACCGGUUAUUUGCCUCAUCGAGUGGCUUGACGAUGGCCGGCGGCAAGCAAUUCAACGGGCCAUUGAAUCUGUGCGUGGAGCCUUUGUCGGACCUGUUUCUGGAGAAGACGUCUCGAUGA